CACUGAUAUUGGUCACUUCCCCCUCUCUCUUCAUUAUCACUUGUCAAACUCUUUUUCUAAUGGCUUCAACUGCUCCUGAGUUUAUCCAACAAUGCAACAACAAAACAAGUUUCAUAAGCGUUAAAGCGCUAACUGAAUCACCUGAACUCAACUCCAUCCCACCAUCAUACACCUUCACCACCAAUCCACGUGAUGAAAUAGAAGCAGAUCCAGAUGAUGAUGAUCCAAUCCCUAUCAUUGAUUAUUCUCUCUUGGUCAAUGGUACACCUCAUCAACGGUCCAAAACCAUCCAUGACUUAGGCAAGGCUUGUGAGCAGUGGGGAUUUUUCAUGCUCAUCAAUCACUCGGUGUCAAAAAUCCUCAUGGAGAAAAUGGUUGAUGAAGUAUUUGCAUUUUUCAAUCUCAAAGAAGAGGAGAAGCAAGGGUAUGCAAGUAAGGAUUUUAUGGACCCAAUAAGGUAUGGCACCAGCUUCAAUGCUUCAAUGGACAAAGUUUUAUUCUGGAGGGAUUUCCUUAAAAUUGUUGUGCACCCAGAAUUUCACUCACCUGACAAACCAGUUGGGUUCAGGGAUACAUCUUCGGAGUACUGUAGAAGAACCUGGAAAGUGGGAAGGGAACUACUCAAAGGAAUAUCAGAAAGCUUGGGAUUGGAAUCCAAUUAUAUUGACAGAACAAUGGACCUAGAUUCUGGUUGGCAAAUGAUAGCUGCGAAUCUUUAUCCACCUUGUCCGCAACCUGAGCUUGCUAUGGGAAUGCCCCCACAUUCUGAUCAUGGCCUAUUGACCCUUCUCAUGCAGAAUGGGGUUAGUGGCCUUCAAGUGCUUCAUAGUGGCAAGUGGAUCAAUGUCAAUUCAACUCCAAACUGCUUAUUAGGCCUUGUGUCUGAUCACCUUGAGGUUAUGAGCAAUGGAAAGUACAAGAGUGUGUUACAUAGAGCAGUUGUGAGCAACAAAGCUACAAGAAUGUCCUUGGCAAUAGUAACUGCACCAUCGUUGGAUACUGCGGUGGAACCAGCUAAAGAGCUGCUAGACAAUCAAAGUAAUCCAGCAGCAUACGUUGGGAUGAAACAAAGAGAUUAUAUGCAACUUCAGCGAAGCAACCAUCUUUAUGGGAAGUCUGUGCUAGACAAACUUAAAAUCUGAAUUUGAAUCAUCUCGGGAGUUGCCUUAAGUAAUAGUCUCAAAAGUUUCGAGUUUGUGGCAAGUAAUUUAUAAAAUAUAAUAAGCUAGACAAUAGGGGUUUAAUUUUUUAUGCUACUUCAAAUGAGAAGGACUCCUUGAUUUGAUUUCACAAGCACGAACUACAGAAAUUCUUAAGCAAUGUUUGACACACAGUUCCACUGUUCUGUUUUGUUUUCUUCAAUUUCACCUUUUUAGUAUGAUUAAAAUGUAUCACUUCGUCAUCUGUAUGUCUUGUUCUAUUCCAUAUUUAUAAUGUAUCAAAUGUAAAAUAUAUCUACGUUUCAAC